GAGAACCUUAGCACUAAUAACGGUUGAGUUUAAACUGGAUAAAUCAUGUCAUCGACAUCUGUACUCCAUCAGCUUAGCAGUAUAUCCUCGGAUUAUGAUUAUUUGUUCAAAAUCCUCAUCCUCGGAAACUCGGGUGUCGGGAAAUCUUCAAUACUGCUCAGAUACGCCGAUGAUUGUUUCUCGGAGACCUUCAUAGCCACAGUAGGCGUAGACUUCAAAAUUCGAACUGUGGCCUUGGGUGAGAAGAGACUAAAACUGCAGAUGUGGGACACGGCCGGCCAGGAGAGGUUUCGGACCAUCGUCUCCGCUUUUUACCGUAACGUUGACGGCGUCGUCAUCGUGUAUGAUGUCACCGACGCGGAAUCUUUCCAUGCCGUGGAGCGCUGGUUGACUGAAGUUGACAGAUAUGGACGAGACAAUGUCUGUAAGCUACUUGUGGGGAACAAAGCCGAUCUCAAGUCCAAAAGGGUGAUCACCUACGAGACAGGCAAGGCCUUGGCAGACAAGCUGAACAUACCCUUUUUGGAGACAAGCGCCAAGCAGAACAUGAACGUAGAACAGUGCUUCCUGUCAAUGGCCGCCGAGUUGAAGAACAACGCGGACAAAGACACCCUGGCCUCGAUUCAGGACAAAGCCAGAACGAGGCUACGUGGAGGAAAACCCAUCGAGCCUGAGAAGUGCUGGUGUUGAAAUGGACAGGCCUGGUUACAGUUGUGACACGAGGCACGUUAUGUGUAACUACAGGUUAUGACAUUCACAU